AUGCAGCUGCAGGUCCUGGUUCUGGGUCCUGGUUCUGGGUCCUGGUUCUGGUCCCGGUUCUCCGACGGAGACCCCGGAGCUCGGCGGGUCUGCUCCGUGAUGAGCUCCGUCCUGUUGAUUCAGAAGCUCCGGUUCUUGUCUCCGGUUCUUGUCUCCGGUUCUGUUCUCAGGUUCCGUCCUCCGGUUCUCCUCUCCGGUCCUCCGCUGGUUCCGUUCCGUCGUGUCUCGGUUUGGGUUCAACGAAACAUCACAGAACCGGAACCAGAAGCACAGGAACCAGAACAAGAAGAACCAGAAUCACAAGAACCAGAACAAGAAGAACUAAAACAAGAAGAACCUGAACUACAAGAUCCAGAAUCAGUGGAACCAGAACUACAAGAACCAGAACAAGAAGAACUAAAACAAGAAGAACCAGAACCGCAAGAAGAACCAGAACCACAAGAACUAAAACCAGAAGGACCAGAAGAACCAGAACCACAAGAAGAACCAGAACCACAAGAACUAAAACCAGGAGGACCAGAAGAACCAGAACCACAAGAACCAGAACCAGAAGACCUAGAACCAGAAGAACCAGAACUACAAGAACCAGAAGAAGAAGAACUAAAACAAGAAGAACCAGAUCUGGAAGAAGCAGAACCACAAGAAAAAGAAGAACCAGAAAACAGAAGGACCACAAGAACCGGAACCUCCUGAUGUCCAACGACACAAAAUGGCUCCACAGAGAAACACUGAAAUGAAAAAUGAGCAAAAUGUGAAGCGACUGAAAAGAAAGACAAAGAUUCAAAACAACACAAUGAUUCACAACAACAACACAACGAUUCAAAACAACAACACAAAGAUUCACAACAACACAGAUUCAAAACAACACGAUUCACAACAACACAAAGAUUCACAACAACAACACAAAGAUUUAAAACAACACAAAGAUUCAAAACAACAACACAAAGAUUCAGAACAACAACACAAAGA